CAAAUAAACAGGCCGUGAGAGUAAUAAAUCCAAAAAACUAAAUUGAACGCUUACUUGAAACAAACUUCCAUAUUCUAUAAAAUUCAAUCGUUUACCUUAUUCACAACCCCACGGAGGAGCGAGAGAGAAGGCGGAUCAAAUUUUGCUUCAUUGUCGCGCAGGUUCAUCAAAGAAAUGGCGAGGAAGAUGUUAAUCGACGGAGAGAUUGAUAACCCGAGCGAGGAAGAACGUCACUAUGAUUUCGAUUUGUUUGUCAUUGGGGCAGGGAGCGGCGGCGUUCGCGCCUCCCGAUUUUCAGCUCAAUAUGGAGCUAAGGUGGGAAUAUGUGAGCUUCCAUUUCAUCCUAUCAGCUCUGAAGUUAGUGGAGGAGUUGGUGGAACGUGUGUGAUUCGUGGGUGUGUUCCUAAAAAGAUUUUGGUCUAUGGAGCUUCCUUUGGGCCUGAACUUGAGGAUGCAAGGAGUUAUGGAUGGGAGGUGAAUGAUAGGCUUAAUUUGAAUUGGAAGAAACUUCUGCAUAAGAAGACUGAGGAAAUUGUUAGAUUAAAUGGAAUUUACAAGCGCCUUCUUUCCAAUGCGGGAGUUAAACUCUUUGAAGGAGAAGGAAGGAUAAUCAGUCCAAAUGAAGUCGAGGUAAUACAACUGGAUGGGACAAAAAUUAGCUAUUCAGCCAAGCACAUUCUAGUUGCCACAGGAAGCAAGGCUCAGCGUCCAGCAAUCCCUGGGCAGGAACUUGCCAUUACCUCAGAUGAGGCCUUGAGCUUAGAAGAUCUACCAAGACGAGCCGUGAUACUUGGAGGAGGGUAUAUUGCUGUUGAGUUUGCUUCUAUAUGGCGUGGUAUGGGUGCCACUGUAGAUCUAUGCUUCCGCAAGGAACUCCCAUUGAGAGGCUUUGAUGAUGAAAUGCGAGCUGUAGUUGCAAGGAAUUUAGAAGGCAGGGGAAUCAAUAUGCAUCCUUGCACAACAUUGACUGAGCUAGUGAAAACAGAAAAUGGCAUCAGAGUACGUACAGACCAUGGUGAAGAUUUUCUGGCAGAUGUUGUGCUGUUUGCGACUGGGCGUGUACCUAACUCCAAAAGGUUGAAUUUGGAAGCAGUUGGUGUUGAGCUUGAUAAGACUGGAGCUGUGAAGGUUGAUGAGUUUUCUCGCACUAAUAUACCCAGCAUAUGGGCUAUUGGUGAUGUCACCAAUAGGAUGAACCUUACUCCUGUUGCUUUAAUGGAAGGGACCUGUUUUGCGAAAACGGCAUUUGGUGGAGUGCCCACAAAACCUGACUAUGCACAUAUUCCUUGUGCUGUAUUCUGCAUACCCCCACUUUCAGUAGUGGGGCUUAGUGAAGAGGAAGCAAUAGAGAAAGCGAAUGGAGAUACUGCAGUGUACACUUCGACAUUCAACCCAAUGAAAAACACCAUCUCUGGGCGGCAAGAGAAGUCAGUUAUGAAGCUUCUUGUUGACAAAGAGACUGAUAAAGUUGUAGGAGCAUCGAUGUGUGGCCCUGAUGCAGCUGAAAUAAUGCAGGGAAUUGCUGUUGCUAUAAAGUGUGGUGCAACUAAGGCAGAUUUUGAUGCCACGGUGGGCAUACACCCUUCUGCUGCAGAAGAGUUCGUGACGAUGCGAACUGCGACAAGGAUUCUCUCUCCUGCAAACAAACCAAAGACGAACCUAUGAGGUGGGGAAUAAUAUAUAAACGAGGUUCACUAUAAACGACGGGUUGUCAAUGUUUUUUUAAAAAAAUUACGCGGGGAAAAUUACAGUUCGUUAUUUGCUUGCAGUAUUAUCUGCAAACAGUUCUCACUUUUUCAUAGUAAAACAUGUUUUACUAUCAUAUGAAAUGAACAAAAAAUCUGUCCAGGUUUGAGUUUUCAGAUGAUUUUGGUUGUAUAAUCCACAGACACAGUUGAUAGAUUU